AUGCCAGCACCUUACUUGGGGCAGUGCCUCUGUGGCAACGUAAAAUUCGCAAUUGCAUCAGAACCAGCCACAGUGUUAUCAUGCUUCUGUGAGCAUUGCUGUAUUGGGGCUGGUGGCACUCAUCAACUGAUUGGAAAAUUCAUGGCUCAAGAUGUCGAGAUUUCCACCGUCUCUGAAGAUACGAUUACGAAAUAUUCACUCUCGGACACAUCGAGCGGAAGUUCAAAGGAGAAAGCAUUUUGCCGUACAUGUGGAUGCACGCUCUGGACUAUUCCAGCAGCCGCAAAGGGUAAAUUCUACAUGAUCCGAGUCCCGUUGCUGGAUGGAGGGCUCAACUUCCAACCAGCGAAUGAGAUCUUUGUUAGAAAUCGGCCAACUUGGGUGGAGCCAGUCAAAGACGCGGGUCAAUGGGAUGAGAUGCGAAAGUGA